ACGAUAUUGUUACAUUCGCAAUGUUAUUUUUGUGGUGAUAAUUUAGUCUAGGAUAUCUAUCUAAUCUAAUCUAGAAUCUAGGGUAUGAUCUAGAUCUAGAUCUAACUCUUUGUUAUCUAGGCAGCUAUAAAUCUAGGCUGUAACAAUGACAAUGGACGUGGAUUCUAGAAGUAUUGAUUUGGCGAAAACAGCCUCCAUUGACAUGAUGGGCUUGAACAAUAAAGUGGUAAAUAUGCGCCAAGUUGUGAGACGCACUAAAGUACAAGUAAUCAACAAACUCUGCCGACAUAUUGCUGCCUUAAAGAAAAAAAAGGGUACAGAACAGCAGAAGUCAAAAAAUUUGUCUAAGGCCGAACGCUUUCUGGAGGAAAUUGAGUCAAUUAAAAAAUUAAAAGAGGACAAAGUUUCAAAGUAUGCACUUGCCAAUACAAGAACAUUUUCUGAUGUGUGCAAGGAGAGUUUGUCAUCUGGCCCCCGUGCACUUGGUCGACUUGCUGAUCACCCACUGAUGAAAAAAGUAGUAUCUGAUUUCAGAGAACAGCAUUCUGAUUGGCAGGACUUGGCUGCAUAUUUACUCAUUAAACAAACAGGAAGGAGGUUCAAAACUAAGAAGCAGAAACAAAAGAAGCUUUCCAAAUGUGUGGAAAACAUGAAUGCUGCAGAAACAAUGACAAAAGCUUACAUCCAAGAGAGGUUUGGAAAAGAAGGUCUCCAGAAGGCAGAAAUAAAAUUUGAAAGAAAAAAUAAAAAACUAACAAGAAAAACAGCUGAAGACACUGAGUCAGACAAACCUGAACAUAAAACUGUGGUAAAUACAUUAACAAAGUUAGAGGAAUCGAAAUCAGAGAGCAAUCAAAAGUCUCUGGGUGAUUCAACUAACUUAAGUGACAAUGAUGAUGGUUCCAAGUUAACUAAUAUUAAUACCACAGAUUCUUUAUUAGAAACCUGUUCAAAGUCAGAAUUAGAUACACUUAAUAAAUUACCAAAAAGUAAGAUGAACAGCAAAGAAAUUUCUUCCAGUGAUACUAUUGAUGAGGUUUGUGACAAGAAAAAUAAUAAAGAAAAAAUAAAUAAUUCUAAGAUGAAACUAAAACUUUCAGAGGAAGAUAUUACAAAUUAUGAUUCUGACAGCAGUGACUCUGAUAGUAAUUAUUCAGAAGCUAUUAAUUCUGAUGAUGCUGAAACUGAUUCAGAACUAGAAAACAAAGAUGCAGAGUUUGUGAAGAAAUCUAUAGCAUGUGAAGACACAGAGAAAGAAAGUAAAGAGAACAUGAGACAAAAGAAGAGUAAAGAGUGUGUGGUGAAAGAGUUAAAUCUUAGUGAAGAAGAAAGCUCAAAUUCAGAGAUUCUAAUUGCUGAUGAUAAUACAAGCUCAGAAGAUGAAGAUUUUUCUGACGCUAAUGAUGACUCUGGUGAAGAAGUCAGUGAAGACGACUCAAGUUCUGGUGAUGAUAAAACUGAUGAUGAUGGUGCAUCAAGUUUAAAUGAUGAUGAUGAAGAAACUGAAGAUGACAAGUCUUCUAACUCUGCAUCUGAAGGAAAUGCAAAGAUCAUCAAAAAAACAGUAAAAUCUGGCAGUAGCAAAAAAAAUGAAGGGAAAAAAAUGAAAAAAGAGAAACAAAUUCCAGAGUUUUUGUUGAAAGCCCAGUCGAAACCAGUGAAUGAUCCUUUCUUUGGUAGUGGUGAUGAAGAUGACAGCAUGGCUAUCAGACUUGAAGAUAAUCAAUUAUUGAAUGACAAUGACAUUGGGAAUGAUGACUUAUCUUAUGAUAGAUUUAAAAUUGGAUCUAUGUUUUAUAAUCCAGAAAUCAAAAGUUCUGAAAAGUCAGCCAGACAGGGUAAAUUUGCUAAGAGAGGGGGUCACACCAAGUUUGGUGGUGAGAGAAGAUCAGGCCCAUUGAAACAAAAUACUUCUAAAAAAGGAGAUUUUAAACAAGGCAGCUUUAAAGAACAUUCUGCUGGAGAAAAACGAUUUGAUAAAUCAAAACACUCCAGUAGAGAGAGUUCUGCAACUAUUAGUAGGGACAAAAACAGUAUUAAUAAUACAAGGAAAGAUUCAGAUCCUAAAAAAGUUAACAUCAAGAGUGAAAAACUCCAUCCUUCAUGGGAGGCUAGCAGGAAACGGAAAGCUGAACAAAGUGGUAUUGCUGAAUUUAAAGGCAAAAAAAUUACAUUUAAUGAUGAUGAUUAAACUUUAUUGCAAGUGUAUAAAAA